GAAGUUAGAAGGGGACGGGGACUGCAGUGUGUUUCGCGUUAAAAUGACAACCUUAGUGUUGGAUAACGGAGCCUAUAAUGCCAAAAUCGGUUACAGCCAUGAAAAUGUGUCGGUAAUUCCUAACUGUCAAUUCAGAUCAAAAACAGCACGUCUCAAAACCUUUACUGCUAACCAGAUAGAUGAAAUAAAGGACCCUUCUGGACUCUUUUAUAUUCUUCCUUUUCAGAAGGGCUAUUUGGUGAAUUGGGAUGUUCAAAGACAAGUUUGGGAUUACCUUUUUGGAAAAGAAAUGUAUCAGGUAACAUAUUGGACCAUGGAAGAGGAGACUUCUGUGGUUGAUUUUUUAGAUACCAAUAUUAUUAUCACAGAACCAUAUUUUAACUUCACUUCAAUUCAAGAAUCAAUGAAUGAAAUCCUAUUUGAAGAAUAUCAAUUCCAAGCAGUCUUAAGAGUAAAUGCUGGUGCUCUCAGUGCACAUAGGUAUUUUCGAGAUAAUCCUUCCGAAUUAUGCUGUAUCAUUGUAGAUAGCGGAUAUUCCUUUACACAUAUAGUUCCUUACUGUAGAAGUAAAAAGAAGAAAGAAGCAAUUAUUCGGAUAAAUGUGGGAGGAAAACUCCUAACCAAUCAUCUGAAGGAGAUUAUAUCUUACAGGCAGCUACAUGUUAUGGAUGAAACACACGUGAUUAAUCAAGUGAAAGAAGAUGUAUGCUAUGUGUCUCAAGAUUUUUAUAGAGAUAUGGAUAUUGCAAAGUUGAAAGGAGAAGAAAAUACGGUAAUGAUAGACUAUGUGUUGCCUGACUUCAGUACGAUUAAAAAGGGCUUUUGUAAGCCAAGGGAAGAAAUGGUGUUAAGCGGAAAAUACAAAUCUGGGGAACAAAUUCUUCGUCUGGCCAAUGAGAGAUUUGCUGUUCCAGAAAUACUCUUUAAUCCGUCUGAUAUAGGCAUUCAAGAAAUGGGUAUUCCAGAAGCUAUUGUCUACUCAAUUCAGAACUUACCUGAAGAAAUGCAGCCACAUUUUUUUAAGAACAUCGUUUUGACAGGAGGAAAUUCCCUUUUCCCAGGAUUUAGAGAUCGGGUUUACUCAGAAGUUCGAUGUCUCACUCCAACAGAUUAUGAUGUUUCAGUUGUGCUGCCUGAAAACCCUAUUACUUAUGCCUGGGAAGGUGGAAAACUGAUAUCAGAGAAUGACGAUUUUGAAGAUAUGGUAGUAACAAGAGAAGAUUAUGAAGAAAAUGGACAUAGCGUCUGUGAAGAGAAAUUUGAUAUUUAAGCAACAUUCUGAAUUAAAGUUUUGACUAGCUGUGACUGAAAGGUUUAAUUUCAGUGUUCUUCUUAAAGUAGGUUAAGAUUCUGUGUUAGCUUUCAUCCUAAGAUAAGAUCUUAAACUUAUGUGAAUACUUUGAUCCGUGGCUAAUUUUCAAAGGUUUCUUAGCUAAGUUAUUACAAUAAACUGUAUCUCAGCUCAUAUUUUCGUUUAGCAGUUAGUCUACCAUAACAGUGCUUACACUGUUCCUAAGAACAGGUUAUCUUUCAUUAGAAGGGUAAAUGCAUUUUGAAUGUAAUUCUUUACAGCUGGGAGCACAAACAUAAGUGUCUACUGGUCAGUUUUCCUUGGAAAGCUGUUUUGUGUGACUGUGAAUAAGGCGGGAUUGCCUCAAGUGUUUUCUGGCUGACAUGAUUUCUGUUUUAGAACUAAGUAGUUUGUCUAAAAAUUGCCAUUUUUAUUCAUACAUGCUAAAGUUGGGAAGACUACUCUUGUUUGUGUUUAACAUUUGUUUUUUAUUUAGAAUAAAUUGGAAAGGGCGGAAACUAAA